AAUCAUUGUAAUCAUAAUUUUAAAAGGCUUGACCAUAGGAACCAAAUACUGUUUGUUGUUGUUAACCGGUAAAUAUUCCUGACGCACUUAAAUGUUCACGUACUGAUAUUAGCAUUAGCAUUAGCUGAUCAGAGAGCGAGUCCAUAGUAGUCUAAAACUAGUUGUAUUGUAACUCAUACAUGAAACUCGUGCAUGUAUUUUGAAAGUGUUCAUUAAAAUAUAAUCUCUUGAUUUUUGUCCGCUUGUCGUAUUCUCGUUUAAUCAUCGUAUUUUGUUUUAGCUAACGUAUCAUUUUGUGCGGAAUCGAGCGGUUGAUUUAGCUAACGUUAUAAACAAGGCGUAACGUUAACAAAAAAUCCCGAAUAUUGAUAGUGCACCUGUUGACGGUAUGCACUGAUCAUUUGCGAAGAGUGCAUAUGCGAACGACACUUAAGACAAACAAAACCUAACGACCAUUGGCUGCAGUGCCAUCAACUGGAUCAUCUUAGGCCCACGGGAUGGCUGCUGCAGCCGGACCAAGUACCUCCAAGACGGACCUCAUAGAUCUUUACAGUGACCUGAAUCAAAACGACGAGGAUUUGGACAGAAUUGCUGAGGCAAAUGAACUUUUUGAUGCUGUUCUUACUGGCUCAGUCGAUCAGGAAAAGAAAGUCACUACAAAUGCGGAGCCUCCUAACAAGACACCAUCUAAAGAGGAGUCGAGAUCAACAACAGUGAAAAGCCAAAAAGGAGGAAACCCACUGAGGAGACUGGCUUUAUAUAUUGGAAAUUUCCCCUGGUGGACAUCUGAUAAGGACAUUACAUGCAUGGCUCAAACGUUGGGUGUGCAGGACAUCAUAGAGAUCAAAUUUGCUGAGAACAAAGUUAAUGGCCAAUCAAGAGGCUUCGCCGAAGUGGUGGUAACCUCAGAAGAGUCAUUAAAACUGUUGUUGGAAAAAAUACCCCAAUGUGAGCUCAAUGGGGAAAGGAUAGACUGUCGCUUUGCCACUCGCCAGAACCUUGGUGUGUUUGAGGACAUGGCAAAUAAACGUAUACCCCUGCGUGUUAAUUCCAAAGAUCCUAAAGACUCAGAUUCUUCGGAUAAGAUUCCCUCAUUAUUAUCACAGGAGCCCAGUCAUCCCCCUUUACCUCCACUUUUUCCAUCACAUCCACUUGCAAACAGGUUUCCCUCAUUACACAUCCCUUUCCAUAGUCAUCCACCUCCUCCCUUCCCACAUAUGCCGCCACACAUGCCUCCACCCAUGCCACCGCCUCAUUUCCCUCCUCAUCCAGUCCAUAUUCCCAGCCAACCUCCUAGUCUGCAUGUAAAUCCCGCAUUCUUCACCCCAGCACAAGUGGUGCACAGCAGCAAUGCUUACAGCCAACAACAACACACACCUCGAAGUACAGAUGGAGAUUUUGAGGAGCUAAUGAACAGAAAUAGAGCUGUUGCCAGCAGUGCGAUCAGCAAGGCUGUGUCUGGAGCAACAGCAGGAGACUUGCGGGUGGCCAUGGAGACUCUAUUAACUGCCAUUGCCAUCAUUAAACAGUCCAGAGUGUAUGGAGAUGAACGCUGCCAAGCCCUGGUCACCUCACUCAAAGACUGUCUAGUCUCUAUCCAGGGCAACUACGGCUACAGGAGUAGCAAUCGUUCUGGGGAAGAAGAAAGAGACCGGGACAGGGUUCGUGACAGAGAGCGAGAGCGUGAUAGAGAACGUGACAGAGAAGAUUCUUCUGGUUGGGAAGGUGCGGGAAUGUCUCGAAGACACAGACAACGUUCCCGGAGCGAGGAGAGGGACAAGGAACGCUCCCGGGAACGGGAAAGGCACAGAGAGCACAGAGACCGGUACCGUUAACUUGACUGAGCCGAGCGAAGACGGGACUUUUUGUUUCUGCACCAAGUUGUAACAAAUCUGGAGGAAUCGAAGAUGAGACUGAAGAUGAAGAAGUCUACAGUGUACUUUUUUUGGUUCACCAGUCGUUCAUGUACAUACUGGGACUUUAACCUGUUUUAAGAAAAAUUGUGAUUGUAGAUUUGUUGCUGGGACAGAUUUCUAUGCUUGCAUGCAGAGGAACACCUCUUAAUAACUUAUGAAAUACAGUGUAAUGUUUUCAUCACUUUCUUUUGUAUUAAAUCUAUAGAUUAAAAACACAUUCCCUGAAAAUAAAA